UGUUUAAACGAUGAUAAAGUUGCCGCAGAGAGAGUUAGUUCACUUGUGUUGAUUAGUAAGGUUCAUAUUUUGAUCAAGUUGGUUGGGAGAAGAUGACGACAUGAAGUUAAUCUUGAUUUCAAUAUUUCUUCUUUCAACGAUAGCUAGAUAUUCCGUGGCGCUUGAUAAAGACGGAGCUCACUGUUGCAACUAUGCGACGUCGGACGAGAAAUGCCAUGAUACCUGCAUGCAGAUCUACCAUUCUACGGACAAACACUUCGUGAAACAACUACACAUGUAUCUUCCCAUGCAUUGCCCUAAGUCUGAUAGGAUGCUGAGGCAUUUCUGGAGUUGUAUCAACCAACAGAACGAAACCGAGGGAGUUUGGGUUGGAAGAAAAUGUUGCGAAUAUUCGACAACUGAUGAGUGCAGGAGUGCUUGCUUACAGGCCCGUUCCAAAGCUGACAUCACAAGUCACUGCCGAAGUAACGAGAAGGGGCUUGACGCUUGUAUAUUCAAACAACUAAGCAGACAACAGUGCUGUGGUCGUCGUAGCAACGCGAGCAGCUUAUGUCGUCAUCAAUGUGAUGACGCAUUCCGUGCUGAGUCAGGUCCAACUACUGAUGACGUAGCACAAUUGGCGUCACGAUGUGGCGUAACAAUGGGUUCUUGUUUACGUAAUUUUACGAUCGAACUUCGGAAGAAUUCCAACGAAAGCAUGCAUUGUUGCGACCGCGCGACAAAACCAGGAUGUAAGGCGUCGUGUCGUCACAUCUUACGCACGGAGACAAGCGACCAAGUGAUGGCGGAUAAGCUUGACGUUGCAUGUGGGCCUGUGAUGCCGCACGAACCGAUGUGGAAAUGUUUCAUGCAUGAUAGCAAGCCGCUAGAUGGCGGUACAGGGGGCGUGUUCUUGAGAGAGGUUCAGUGCUGCUCAAGGGCUGUUUCCAAGACUUGCGAUCAACUGUGUCAGAAGUCGGGAAUCGAAGCUCACCCAAUGUCUGGUCUAAGCAAUGCUUAUGUUAUUAUGACCCUACCUUCAAUUAACCAACCCCCCUCAGGUUGCCGCAUGGGUCACGGGUCAGAGUUCAUCGUACCCGUGGGUUCAGUGGUGCGUGUCGAGGACAGGUCACGUGGCGAAGGUUGCUUCCGGUCUUGCACAUGCGUCACUUCCGGUGACCUGGUAUACUGCGAACCAUUGCCUUGUACUGAUAAACGACAAAGCUGUAAACUAGCGGGGCAGGUUAAAAGUCACGGAACGAGUUUUUACGUCGAUUGCAAUUUCUGCAGCUGUUUCUCUGGUAACGUGACGUGUACGAAACGUCAGUGCAUGACGUCACACAGCACGCUGGAAGACAAACGUCGUUUUACAGGUGUUCCAUGCAACUGCAAGCCAUACUACACACCAGUGUGCGGAUCUAAUGGAGUUACAUAUAGAAGCUUAUGUGUGGCUAGAUGUUUAGGUUUGGCACAUCACCAUAUUCAACCUGGUGCUUGUUCGCAACUUGACCCAUGCAUUUCCAACCCAUGCCCAUCAAGAGAAAGGUGUAUAGCGACACCGCGUGUCUGCCUCACCCGUACAAACCGUUGCCAACAAUACGAAUGUCUUCCACGUAACAAACAAUGUCCAAGGUUGCUCUCUAGCGCCAUCUUACCACAGAGUAGAAAAGCUUUCAAACAUCGUCGAAGGCAACUUGAUUAUCAGGACAUUCUAUCGUCAUCACAUUUCUUUUCAAAUUCCGACUAUUUGUCGAAGAACAAUGCCGUGUGUGACGUCAACAAUAAACAGUAUGACAACAUAUGUAAACUUGUGAGGUCACGAAGGUUCAAGAAGAUUUCACAUAAAGGGAAUUGUGACGCGGCAUGUCCAUCGGACGGAAGUCGUCGCGUCUGCGGUCACGACCACGUGACUUACAACAGCUCAUGCGUUGCAAUGGCGACGGGGAUUUUCCCCGAUUACGUAGGACCUUGUCGACCAAUCAGCUAUGGCACAGACGGUGAGCUGAGCACAUGCGCAGGAGUGAAGUGCGCAGCAUUAUCCAACCCUGGGUGCAAACCUGUCACCCCACCUGGCUCAUGUUGUCCCAUAUGUGCGGGGUUACUGAGGGUGUUGGUCAGCACACCCCACCUAAUGGCCAUCCCACAACGUUCAUGGAAAGGCCCGGUGACCGUGCGCGACAUCGUGUGGAUAUUACGUCGUCAUCUUAACGUGCUCGAGUGCGCCACCUAUGGCCAACUAACCACGGAGGGUGACUUGGUCAUUAUGACGUUGUCAACCAUCGACAAACCAUCAUUGUUACAGACGAAAGCUUGCUCCAGUGAAGCGGAACGAUUGUCACGCUUGAUUAACUCCCGUAGCCCUACUUUAACCUCUGACCUCAUACUUUCAACUUUGACCGCUGCCACGUGGACGUCGACCGAUAAAGACAGCUCAUCAUCGUAUAUGACGUCAUCAUUGAUGACGUGGGUGCUCGCGUUGAUCGCGCACUACCUCUGCUGGUACGUCACAUGAUAAUUUCGCGAUCGCGACUUUUCUAACCUCUUGGUGGCGAUAAAGAGCCAAGCGGUGACGUCACAGGCGCUUUCGAAUAAAGCGAAAUUAUUUUUUGUGACGUCACA